AUGGACGCCACGAUGUAUUUGGCAGAAAAUGUGCUCAACGAGCGGCGCACAGUCACUUAUCGCUCAUUGAGCCGCGCACUCAAAGUCCACGCCCACCAGGCCAAACAAAUACUCUUCGAAUUCCACCGGAACGAGAAUGCGAAGAAGCCGCAGAGCGUCCGCGCAACCUACAUUAUCUCCGGAAUCCAGAAACAUGCGGAGCCGCCCACCACGAACGGCCAUGCGAACGAUGAAGAUGAGAUCAUGCAGAGUAGCCCCUACCUGCCCAGCUCGAUGCCGAACCAAGACGCCGCUUCCGACACGGUGCGCCUCUCCUCGAUUAUACUAGCUCGCGAUGAGGACUUGGAGGAUGCGAAGGCUACGUUCCAGUCGAUAUCGACAAUUCAUGUGUAUAGUGUACAACCUUCUACGCUUCCGGAUCUUAAUGCGUUGACGGAUGUUUGCCGAGAAACCACGACUGCAUAUGCACAGGAUGAUCCAUUGGAGUGUGGAAAGCAAUGGGGCAUGAUUCAGAAUCGCAACGUCAAGCGUCGAAAUGGAGCUCGGCCACCACUGCCAGCUGCCCCGGUAUCCAAUGCCAAGCCCGAGUCUACCGUACCCUCCAAGCGACCUUUCCAGCGGGAGAAAUCAGAAAGUCAACCUGAAGAUUCCAAGCCCGCAAGUGACUCUCAAUCUUCUGCCAAGUCUACUGGGAAGCCUGCGGCUCCGAAGCGCGAGAAGAGCAACCUCUUCAGCUCGUUCGCAAAGGCUAAGCCACCCAAGCCGAAGCCAGCAGAAUCAGCUACACCAAGUGGUAACGAUGUUAUGCUGGAUGAUGCCUCUGAAGAGGAACAGGAAGAGCUGUUCCCAGAUAAUGGUGAUAAGGCCCCAUCCGCGAACCGCGAAAGCAAAAAGGACCGAGAGGAGAAACUCAAAAAGAUGAUGGAAGACGACGACGCCGACGGAGCCCCAACGAGAGCCCACUCCGGAGGAGCAACCCCCACCACCCCGGCCAAGCCGGCCGAGCUGAAGGAGGAGGUCACAGUGCAAGGUGGGCGUCGGCGCGGGAAGCGCCAGGUGAUGAAGAAGCGGACGGUCAAGGAUGAGGAGGGGUACCUGGUGACUCGAGAAGAAGCGACCUGGGAGUCAUGCUCCGAAGAUGAGCCGGCGCCGCCUAAGAAGAAACCCGCCGUGAAUGUCGCGAGGGGCAAGGGAGGCAAGCCCGGAGGCCAGGGCAGCAUCAUGUCGUUCUUCGGGAAAAAGUAG